ACGCCGGAGCAUCUGGGUGUACACCUAAGAGGAGCUUGGGGGGGAAGGAGAGCGCGCAAGACGCCCUGGUUGUUAUUCUGAUCACGGGCGCCUCUGAUUCACAGCCUGGGAGCCGGUCAUGAAUAGAAGCGGAGACUUUUGACGUCAGAGGGGAGAUUUAUCAGCAGACCCAAAGGGCGAAGGAUAGUCAGAGCUGCGGGCUGCCCGCCAUCCGCCAGCCUCGGUAGUCAGCAUGCUCGCCCGGGAAGGACGCGCGGGUUGCGCCCCAGACUGAACCAGCGGGGCGCGGAGAAGCAAGCCGGACCCGAGGUUGUCCGACGACUCGCAGCCCCAGCCGCAGCGAUGUUCCCCAUCCCGGCCGCCGCCAUGGAGGAGCAGUUCCGCCAGCAGCAGCAGCAGCAACAGCAGCAGCAGCGGCUCCUGGUGCUCUUCAACGCCUCUUCGUGGCCCCUGGCCAGCCUCUGGCCGCCCACCCACCUCGCCGCCGCCGCCGCCGCGGGCAGCCCCGCCGUCGCCCUGGCUCCGGGCGCCACGGCCAGCGCGGGCGGGGCGGGGUCCGGGCCGGCCGGCGGAGAGGCGGCGGGCUCGGUCAGCCCCUGGGACAUCGCGCUGUGCGCCGCCGGGACGCUGAUGGCCGGCGAGAACGCGCUGGUGCUGGCCGUGCUCGUCUACGGGCCGGGCCUGCGGGCGCCGCCCUUCCUGCUCAUCGGCAGCCUGGCGCUGGCGGACCUGCUGGCCGGGCUGGGGCUGGUGGUCAACUUCGGCGUGCAGUACCUGCUGCAGCCGCCCAGCGAGGCGGCCCGGCUGAGCGCGGCCGGGCUGCUGCUGGCCGCCUUCUCGGCCUCGGUCUGCAGCCUGCUGGCCAUCACCGUGGACCGCUACCUGUCGCUCUCCAACGCGCUCACCUACCACUCGGAGCGCGCGCGGACCUUCACCGCCGCCGCGCUGCUCCUGCUCUGGCUGGCCUGCCUGGCCGUCGGGCUCCUGCCGCUGCUGGGCUGGAACUGCCUGCGCCGGCCGGGCGCCUGCAGCGUCCUGCGGCCGGUCACCCGGGACAACGCCGCCGUGCUGGCCGUGGCCUUCCUGCUCCUCUUCGCCCUGAUGCUGCAGCUCUACGGGCAGAUCUGCCGCAUCGCCUGCCGGCACGCCCAGCAGAUCGCCGUCCAGCACCAGUUCGUGGCCAGCGCGCAGGCCACCUCCACGCGCAAGGGGCUCUCCACGCUCUCGCUCGUCCUGGGCACCUUCGCCCUCUGCUGGGUGCCCUUUGCCGUCUACUCCCUGGUGGCCGACGCCUCCUACCCGCAGGUCUACACCUACUCCUUGGCCCUGCCGGCCGCCUGCCACUCGCUCCUCAACCCCGUGGUUUACGCCUUCCGCAACCCCGAGAUCCAGAAGUCUCUGUGGCUGGUUUGCUGCGCCUGCAUCCCGGCCGGCUUCUCCUCCCGACCCAGGACGUCCAGCGACGUGUAG